GGUUCAAAACGAUGGGUUCCAAUCCAACGGACCUCCCGUUGCGAUGAGCAAAUUUGCGCCAGCCUUUGUCCCUCGAUCUGAAAUUUAAUGCUUGAAUCAUCUUCUAUCACAGAUCAGUUGACAUUUCUUUUCUGUAACAGGAAGCUCAUUCUGUAAUUUUCAACGGAAACUCGACAAUUUCAAUUGCGCCAAAUCCCUAGCUCGAAUUCGGAGCGGAAUUGCAAUCGAAACUUGCAGCUUAGACGGCUGGAGAUUAUGGCGCCACCGGCAACGACACGGUGGCGCGCAAUCGUAUCAAUUAUGGUGAUAUUGCUGUUGAUCUCACCGUCGAUGGCCAUCUACUGCGACGAAGACGAUUGUUACGAUCUCCUCGGAGUAUCGCAGAGUGCUACCCAAUCGGAGAUCAAGAAAGCUUACUACAAACUGUCAUUGAAACACCAUCCAGAUAAGAACCCGGAUCCGGAAUCGAAGAAGCAAUUUGUUAAGAUUGCUAAUGCUUACGAGAUUUUGAAAGAUGAAUCGACGAGAGAGCAAUAUGAUUAUGCAAUCGCUCAUCCGGAAGAGGUAUUUUACAACACAGCUCGGUACUAUCAUGCGUAUUAUGGUCAUAAGACGGAUGCCCGUGCUGUGCUGGUUGGCCUUCUCCUGAUUUUAUCUGGAUUUCAGUAUUUGAAUCAGUGGACAAGAUAUCAUCAGGCUAUUGACAUGGUCAAGAAAACCCCUGCUUACAAAAAUAAAUUACGGGCUCUUGAACUUGAACGAAGUGGAGGAGCAACAAACAAGAAGAAAGGUCACAAGCAGUUGGAUAAAAAAGUGGAUGAAGAUCUUGGCAAAGAACUGGAAUUGCAAAUAAAAGGAGCAGAGAAACCAUCUAUAUGGGAAAUACUUGCGAUUCGUUUCAUUCUUCUACCUUACACCAUUGGCAAGUUAUCAUUGUGGACUGGUUGUUGGUUUUGGAGAUACAAGGUUAAAAAAAUACCUUACUCUUGGGAAGAUGCGGCUUACCUGACGCAAAGAUCACUUAGAAUCCCUAUUGAUGCCUGGAAAAACAGCGAUGAAUCAACAAAAGAAGACCUCAUCCGGCGAUGUUUAUGGAAGAAAUCCAACUUGGAGAGCUACAUGUCGGAAAUUCGAAAAGAAUCGAAACGCCGGAGAUAGGUCCUAUAAGGAUUGCCCCACAACCCUGCAACAUUUUUUGGUAAAACUCAAUUCAACCAAAAGAGUUCAUUCACCUUGUUUUACCAUGCAUGCUAGCCAAUUAGUUAGAUUUUACAGCAAACCAUACCAUAGCGAUCAAAUUACUGCCUUAUAAGCUGAUGAGACUAUUUAAUACCAGUUGAGCCUCCUCACUGUGAUUGUCUGAAAAAUACAAAAUUUUGGAUUGACCCCUGCGCAAAUACUUUCUUUUAAAUAUGGAUCAAUCGUAUGUCUCUGGAUAUCAACCAGGAACCACCUUUUGUUUUAAAGUUACUACUCUGCAUUGAAAGUUCUGUAUGCAUUUUCUUAUUUUAUGGGCUGAACAUCCACGGCUGAUAAUUUA